GCGUCGGCUCGUGAUCGGGGAGGCGACAUGGCGAGUGUCGGCGAGCGGCUGGUCGUCACUCUGGAGAGUCGCUGAGCCGGCGGGGCCGGGGCCGGGGCCGGGUGGGUGGUUCGGAUGCGGAGCGCUGAGGAUGAGCCAAAGUGAUGCUGGCGGAGAGGGAUCCACCAUCGCCCCUCUCUGCGCCUCCUUCAACCAGGACUGCACGUCUUUGGCAGUCGGUACAAACUCUGGUUAUAAACUUUUCUCUCUGGCUUCAGUGGACGGAUUAGAAGAAAUCUACAGAUGCACGGACACGCCCGACGUGUACAUCGUGGAGCGGCUGUUCUCCAGCAGCCUGGUGGUCAUCGUCAGCCUCUCCACACCACGCAGGAUGAACGUUUAUCAUUUCAAGAAAGGCACAGAGAUUUGCAAUUACAGCUAUUCCAACACCAUCCUCACCGUUAGGCUCAACCGACAGAGGUUGGUAGUUUGCUUGGAAGAGUCCAUUUACAUUCACAACAUCAAGGAUUUAAAAUUGCUGAAAACCAUUCAAGAUAUACCAGUAAACCGCACAGGUCUCUGUGCACUUUCCAUCAAUCAUUCCAACUCAUACUUGGCAUAUCCUGGCAAUGCCACAAUAGGAGAAAUAGUUAUUUACGAUGCAAAUAACCUGCACAAUGUUUCUGUAAUCCCUGCACACGAUGGGCCACUUGCGGCACUGGCGUUCAACUUCUCAGGUUCAAAACUGGCAAGUGCCUCAGAAAAGGGUACAGUUAUUCGUGUCUUUUCCACCCCUGAGGGAGAGAAACUCUAUGAAUUCAGGAGAGGAAUGAAAAGGUAUGUAAAUAUUGGCUCGCUGGCAUUCAGCAAAGAUUCCCAGUUCUUGUCAGCAUCGAGUAAUACUGAAACGAUUCAUAUCUUCAAGCUUGAACAGCCCAGCCAAAGGCCCCAGGAUGAGUCUCCAUCAUGGAGUGGAUAUAUGGGGAAGAUGUUUAUGGCAGCCACCAACUACCUCCCUACCCAGAUGUCGGAUAUCAUAAACCAGGAUCGAGCAUUCGCCACAGUACGUCUCAAUUUCUCUGGACAAAGAAGCAUCUGCACUCUUACCAUAAUUCAGAAGUUACCUCGACUGCUUGUUGCUGCCUCGGAUGGAUUCCUCUACAUUUAUAACCUGGACCCUCAUGAUGGUGGAGAGUGCAUUCUAAUGAAGAAACAUAGGCUACACAAUGAAGAUGACAGCUGUGGUUCUGAUAAAUCUGACCUGGCGCCUUCCAUCUCUCCAACAUAUGCAGCAACUGUUGCCAAAACCAGUUCAAUGCCUUCAGCAUCAACAGCAUCAGAUUUAUUCAUGCCGGGGGAAGCCAGAGUGAAAAGACGAAGAAAUUGUGAGCCUGAAAAAAACAGAAUUAGUAUCGUGAGUGAAGAUAGAGAUUAUAAACAGCACGAUUUGAAGAAUGAAGAGCCUGAAAUUGGUACGCAUGAAUUGGAAUCAUACUAAUAUUCUGCAUUUAAAAUUUUGUUUUAAAAAAAAGAGCAAAACAAAAUUCCAACGUUUUAACCUUGCGUCUGUCACCAGCUUUAGUUACUGUAGAGGAGCCAGAAAUGGGUGUGUUGCAAGGAAGAGCACAUGACUGAACUAAUCAAGAUUAGCAAUGCCAAACUGUAAAGAAAAAUUCUCUCUCUCUCUCUCUCUUAGUAUGGGUAUUUAAAGUUAUUAUUAUAAAAAGUUUUAUAACACAGCAUUUACUUUUGAAAAUGUCGUCCAGCAUGUAUUUUAUUAUGUAUAUAUCUUAAACACAUAUAAAUAUAGCAAUUAGUCUACUCAGGCGAUGUUGUCUCACAGCCAAGCAAGCUGCCCAGAAUGGUGGUCGAAAAUUUUAACAUGUUGAAUGAAGUUGCACAAAACUGUAAUGUUCACCAAAUAAUGUAGUAAUAGCCAUAAUAAAGUAUUGCAAUAUA